GAAAUCAAAAAGAAAGAGAGAGAGGUUCAAUCAAAAGCACCAACCAAACAAAGUUACCAACUUCUCAAAACCAAAGAGAGAAAGAAGAAGAAAGAAAGAAAGAAAGAAACAGAGCAACGGCCAUGGAAGAGAAAGAGAAGAAAAGCAAGAAGAAGAAGAAGAAAGAUAGCAAAUCCUCGCCGGACAUCUCCUUCAAACCUUCCUCCGACGUCAAAGGCCUCAAAUUCGGCGGCCAGAUAAUCGUCAAAUCGUUCACGAUCCGGCGAGCAAGAACACUCGAGCUCCUUAAACUCCUCUCCCUCCCUUCUUCAUCAUCGCCGCCGCUUCUCUCCACGGCGGCUUAUCUUCCGACGAACUUCACGAUCUUAGCCCACCACGCUUGGCACACACUGACCCUCGGGCUAGGAACAAGAAAAUCGAAAGUGGUUGUGUUCGUGUUCGAAUCGGAGGCGAUGAAGACGGCGAUUGCGUCGCCGGAGGGAGGAAUCUGGCCGCCGGAGAUUCCGCUCGGAGAUGUGAACAAGAAGAUGAUUAGAAAGUUGAAGAAUUGGGAGAUGGCGAGGUUCAAAUUCAGGAAAGGGUGCAUCACGUUUUACGUCUACGCCGUGAGAAACGCCGGAAACGAAGGAUUUGCGGCGGCGGAGGACUUAAAGGUAAUUUUACAGGCGGUGGUGGCUUUGAAAGAUUUCAUGGAUCACACCGCAAUGCUUGUUAUGCCCCACCAAAAAGCUAUUAAUUACAACUCUUGCCCUCCUUUUGCCAUGGCUCACUAGUCACUAGUAUAAAAUUGAAGUGAAGUGGCCCUCUUUUUUUUUUUUUUUUUUUCUUUUUUUUACUUCUUUUUAUAUAUGAAAGAAAAGUAGUUCUGAAUUUUAUUUAUUUAUGGUUCCCUAAUGAAUUGUGAUCAUGAGGGAUUGUUAUUAAUAUCUUGCUUUCUUUUUUUUUUUUGGGUGGAAGAUUGGUAAUGAAUAAGAUCGACAUGUUUGUGUUUUUC